UCUUUUUUUUCGGAAAAUCGUAUUCACAAUCGUAAUAGGCUAGAUAUAUUUUUUAUGGCAAAUAUAAAAUUGUUUUGAAAAUAUUCUUGUCAGAAGUCUUUCUCUGCUUUUGUAAAUAAUUUGUAGGCUAUGUUUUUCUUUUAUGGCAAAUUAAAAUGGAAGCUCUAUUUAUGAAGGAGUUCACUGCAGCAGAUGUCACACUAGUGUGUAACUUCAUUGUUGCCGCAGUAGCAAUGGAGUUGGCAACACUGGCAAACAAUUAACGUGUCAAGAUAACAUCGAAAGCUGCGGUGUAGCUACAAAUGUCACGCAGAAUCAAAAAAAAAACAAUAGACCUCGAAAAAUAGUAGAUUGGUCCAGUUGCGUAUGAGAUAAAAAUCAUCAUUUAAUUUAAUUGCAAACGUUGAAUUUAUGAAAUAUCGGGAUUGAAUUUAUAAAAGGUUACCGAAUUGUAAGCUCAGAAUUUAUAUAUUUUUUCUAUUUUUGUGAACUAAACCUAUUAUAUUUUCAGUUUUGAAGCACGCCAAAUAAAAGCUGUCAAAACUCAGUAAUUUCUUUUAAUCGAUCCCGACAAUCUUCAAAACAUUCGCUCUCGCAGCGAUGAGCCAUCAUUCUAUCUCCACAAAAAAGGAUGGCUGUGCUGGAUGCCACAGACCCGACGAAGCGGACAACAUGAUCCAAUGUGAUUCAUGCGACACAUGGUGGCAUUUCAGUUGUGCAGGUGUCACAGACUCAAUUGCUGAUCGUAUGUGGUUAUGUGCCCGGUGCAAACGAUCCUCUCGUCCUUCGUCGAGGGUCAGUAAUACGAGUAGAGCCUCAUCGAAUCUGGCAGAAAGUAUGGCACGACUACGAGAACGUCAGGAUUUAGAGAAGCAGCGUACGGAUGUGGAGUUGGAAAGAAAAUUCUUGCAGGAGCAACGUAAAUUGUUGGAAGCUACGAUUGCAGCUGAAGAGGAGAGAAGAAGCCGAGUUAGUCGUGAGGAUAGUGUGAGGAGAGUCCACGAUUGGAUUGGGAACAGCGCGGAUCCGCGGUCGAGCGCGACAGGAGACAAUCAACUGCCAGCUGCCUUGACGAUCCAGCAGCAUAGCCCAAAUUCAACCCAAGUGUAUUCCGUGAGAUCUGAAGGAGAAAUAAAUGAAGAAUUACCUUCGGGACUACCGUCAGAUUUGGAAAUUCAGCAACACAGUUCUCCCCUUCGUGACCCGACUAUUUCCGUGCUGAAUAUGACUGAUAGUAUAGAUUAUUCGAAUGCACUGAAAGCAAUCCAGGCUGAAGGUGACCAUGGAGAGAAGGCCAUGGACAUGGUUCGAGAUCUGCGCGGGAAAUUGGAACGUUGUUUGGCGCAAGCGGAUCCAAUAUCUUCGCAGUCGACCAAUUUGCAACAACAGACGGUAUUAUGCAGAACGGAGAUGGAAGGAAUACAGUCGACAGCGUGUCGUUCACCGGCGGUGCCAUCAUCGGAUACUCAAGUAGGGACAUUGAAUGUUCAUGGGACAACUGAAGAUGUUCUUAUACAACUCAGAGCAAUGUCACUCGGUGCUAUCCCAAAGCAACAUCCAAAGACGUUAUCUUUUCCACCGCUACAAAUGCCUUCAGUACAGCCGUCUCCACUACAGCACCCCAUAGUGCCUCCGCAUUCGAUAGUGCCGUCUUUGGCGCAGUCAACUUCAACACAACAACCCUCGAUGCACCCGCCUCUGGUGCAGCCAUCACUUUCGAAACAGCCAACACUACAGCAAACAUCGUCGAUGCCGACUUCAGUGCAACCACCUUCAACAUACCAAUCUUUGGUUCCGUCAUAUUCCAUGUUACCUUCAUCGGUACAAUCUUCAGGAAUCCCGUGCUUGACGCAUCAGCCUCCGAUGCAGCCGUCUUUAGUACAGCCAGCAACAGUUCAAUCUUCUUCAAUACAACCGGCAACACAGUCAUCAUUGAUACACCUACCUAUGAUGCAGCAAGUUCCAGCGGAGCCUGUACCGAUCCUGCCUUCAGGACAGCCUACUUUCAUGCAUCAGAUUCCGGUGCAUCAGCAUCAUUUCCAGCCACGUUAGGGGAAUCCUCCAAUCCAUCAACAGCCGCCACCGUUUGUACAGCAGUCAGCGGUAAGUCAGAUUCACAUUGCUAGCUUGAUGGAGCAAUUGGAUCUCUGCAAGCGACAAAUUGAAGAAUUACGUCUUGCAAGAUCGGAACGUGUGGAACCAGGUAAGAGUCAAGCCUUUCACGAUGGUUACAAUAAAUACGAUAUCUUUCCGAGUUUGCCUUCCUUACCGACCCAAUACCCUCAGCAGCAGCUGAAUGAACAAAUGCAUUCAUUCAAUAAUAGCGAGGAGCAGCUGCGUUGUCUUCACGCGCGCUCUCGUAACGAUAAUUGUAACCCUAAUAAUCAAUAUCCAAAUUCAAAUCGACAAGACCACUUCCCCUCGGCACCCGACCAGUUUCGUCCAACUUGUUAUCUAAGUCAACAGCAACUAGCGGCACGGCAGUCCCUGGCACGUGAUCUACCAACUUUCUCCGGCAACCCUGCUAAUUGGCCCAUAUUCAUUUCCAACUAUGAAUAUACUACUCGAGCAUGCGGCUACAACGAUGGAGAGAACAUGGUUCGACUUCAACGAAGCUUGAAGGGGCAAGCAUUGGAAAGUGUUCGGAAUCGUCUCGUAUUACCAUCCGCGGUGCCGAAUGUCAUCGAAGCUCUCCGAUUGCGGUAUGGUCGUCCGGAACUUCUCAUCAACGCUCUUCUGCAUAAAGUUCGUUCGAUUCCCUCUCUUCGAUCUGACAGGUUGCAAGGUUUGAUUGAGUACGGAUUGGCGGUGCAGGAACUGUGUGACCACAUCGAAGCUGCGGAUCAGCGCGAUCAUCUGGCGAAUCCAACGUUGCUCCAAGAGCUUGUCAACAAAUUACCAUCGGAUCAGAAGAUGAUGUGGGCAGCCUACAAACGAGGACUUAGUGUCGUAAAUUUUAAGACGUUUGCGGAAUACAUGACAGGCGUGGUGCAAGAUGCAACGAGUGUGGUGAACUACGAGCCAGAGCACAAGAAAAGCGGUAGUAGAUCCAGAGAAUAUGUGAACUCCCACGCGACAGAUGUCGCACUACCAUCCACGUUGACAAAAACAACGAAGCCUGGUGACUGUAUCAACUGUAACAAAUCUGGACAUAAGAUGCGAGAGUGUGAUGCUUUCAAAUCGCUCAGUGUAAACGAACGAUGGAAGCGGAUUCGAUCAUUGGGUGUUUGCCAUAUCUGUCUCUUUGCGCAUGGAAAGCGAUCUUGCCGUAGCGACAGCCGUUGCAACGUGAGUGGUUGCCAGUACCGUCACCACUCGCUACUACAUGGAAGGACGCCAGUGCAGUUGAUUCCUCGGAUCGCUGAGAACCAUACGCAUCGCUUUGUCGAUUCCGGUGUCCUCUUCAGAAUCGUUCCCGUCACGCUCUACGGUACCACAGGACGGAUAAACACAUUCGCGUUCCCGGACGAAGGCUCGUCGCUGACGCUCAUCGAAGGUGAAUUAGUGACUCAAUUAGGGAUAAGUGGAAGUUCGCAACCGCUCUGCCUACGAUGGACUGGGAACACAUCUCGCAUGGAGAAGAACUCUCAAGUGGUUACAGUUGUAAUAUCAGGAGUAGGUCAGAUGCGUCAGUUCAAGCUAGCCAGCACAAGAACGGUCGAAAAUCUCAAUUUACCAAGUCAGAGUUUCAACUAUGGCAAAGCUGCUGAACGAUACCCAUAUCUGAGGCAAAUUCCAAUACAGAGCUAUCAAGGAGCAGUUCCGAAAAUUGUCAUCGGUCUCGAUAAUUUGCGGUUGUCAUUGCCUCUGAAAAUACGUGAGGGAGAUGGGCCAUCUGCAGUAAAAACACGAUUGGGAUGGUGCGUGUACGGACAACAAAUAGAGCAACUAAAGGAAGGUUACAGCUUCCACGUCUGUAAGUGUGACAGCAGCAGUGAAAUACAGGAAACUUUGAAGCAGUUUUUUGCUGUAGAAGAGACAGGAACUACGAUUCACGUCGCUCUCAGCAAGGAAGAGGAACGAGCACAACACUUGCUAGAGCAGACAACGAAACGGGUGAAUGACCAUUUUGAAACAGGCCUACUGUGGAAAAAAGACGACAUCCAUCUUCCAGAUAGCUAUCCCAUGGCUGUGCGUAAGCUGCAAUGCCUCGAGCGUAAACUUGACAAGGAUCCUGCAUUACACGAGAAUUUCCAUCGACAAAUUCAAGAAUACCAAGAUAAAGGUUAUGCUCACCGUGUGACGCCGGAAGAACUCCAGAAAGCGAAUCCAGCGAGGACAUGGUUUCUACCCUUGGGUGUUGUGACCAAUCCCAACAAGCCCGGGAAAGUGAGGGUUGUUUGGGAUGCUUCAGAAAAAGUUGGAGGCGUCUCGUUGAACAGUAUGCUGCUAAAAGGUCCGGACCAGCUCACAGCAUUGCCUGCAGUUCUCUAUCGAUUUCGGCAGUUCUGGGUGGCAGUCAAUGCGGAUUUACAGGAGAUGUUCCAUCAAAUCUUCAUACGAGCGGCAGACAAGUAUGCACUCUGCUUUUUGUACCGGAAAUAUAAAAUACAGCCAUUGGAGGUGUUCGUCAUGGAUGUGGCGACUUUCGGAGCCACUUGUUCUCCUGCGUCGGCACAGUUCGUCAAAAACCUGAACGCAAAAGAACAUGCAGAACAGUUCCCUCGGGCCGUGGAUGGUAUUCUUCGAAGUCACUACGUCGAUGACUACCUGGAUAACUUCGGUAGUGUCGAGGAAGCGAAGCAGGUAGCGGAAGAUGUGCGACGUGUGCACCGUGAUGGAGGUUUCAAUCUACGCAACUGGAACUCAAACUGUAAUGAAAUUCCGCGACAUCUGGGAGAAACUAAAGCUGUUGACAGCAAGAACUUAUACAUUGGAGUUGGAGAAGCAACGGAACGAGUCCUAGGAAUGCUUUGGAAGCCAACUAUGGAUGAGCUCUGCUUCUUUACGAGAAUGAGCGAUGAGGUACGAGCUCUAAUCGAAAGAGGUAACGUGCCAACCAAACGACAGGUACUUCGCUGCGUGAUGACGCUGUUUGAUCCGCUCGGACUGCUUGCGCCGUUUCUCAUACACGGCAAAGUCCUGAUUCAGGAUUUGUGGCGCGCCGGAACCGAUUGGGAUGAAGCUAUUGGAGACGUCUCCUACGACCGUUGGAGAAAAUGGGUGGAAAUGAUUGAGUUCGUGUCUACCAUAAGAAUCCCGAGAUACUACUUUCCUGGAGCAAACGAACAAACCUACAAACGGGGCCAACUGCACGUCUUCGUAGAUGCGAGUCCUACGGCGUACUCCUGUGCCGUUUACCUUCGUGUCAAGGAUGAAAAUGGAGUUAUACGCUGCUCCCUGGUAUCUGGGAAAGCUAAGGUUGCCCCUCUUAAGCCUAUGUCUAUCCCAAAACUUGAGCUUCAAGCUUGUGUUCUUGGAACACGCAUGCUAAAAUUUGUGCAGGAAAACCACACGAUAAGUGUUGGAAGACGGAUUCUGUGGACCGAUUCCACUACAGCCUGGCACUGGAUACGAUCGGAUCCUCGUAAUUUCAAGCCAUUCGUAGCUCACCGUGUGGGAGAAAUACUGGAGAACACGAAUGCUACGGAAUGGAGGUGGAUACGGUCACGCUUCAACUCUGCUGAUGAAGCAACCAAAUGGGGAUGUGGUCCAUACUUUUCAGAAGAGAGCCAAUGGUUCGACGGGCCGAAAUUCUUACUGAAAUCCGAGUGUGAUUGGCCAUGCUCUACACCACCUUCUGUAAACAUCCCAGAAGAAAUUCGACCAUCUGUGCUGCAUCACGCUACAGUCGAGCGUAUUAUAGAAUUUGAGAGGUUUUCAUUUUGGGAUCGAUUGAAUCGUGCCGUUGCCUACAUUUUACGCUUUUCGCAUAACGCCGUUAAGAAACAUCCGAGAAGAAGUGGUUAA